UGUACCUGUCUCCCUCUCAUCACCUGACUGGUUGUCCUCCAGGUGUGGCUCAGAGGUUUUGGGUGCACCUGUAGUCGUCGCCGAGGGUGAAGCAGCCGUCAUGCCGUGUUCGUGUGCCGAGUGGCGGAGGUGGAUCCGUCCGCUGGUUCUGGUUCUGUACGCUCUGCUGCUGGUGGCCGUGCUGCCGCUCUGCAUCUGGGAGCUGAAGAAGGACAAAGUCGGGACUCACAGUAAAGCCUGGUUCAUAGCCGGCGUCUUCGUCUUCCUGACCAUCCCGAUCUCACUGUGGGGGAUCCUGCAGCACAUCGUGCACUACACCCAGCCGGAGCUGCAGAGGCCCAUCAUCAGGAUACUAUGGAUGGUGCCGAUCUACAGUUUGGACAGUUGGCUGGCUCUGCGGUAUCCCAGUCUGGCGAUCUACGUGGACACGUGCAGAGAGUGCUACGAGGCUUACGUCAUCUACAACUUCCUGGUGUUCCUGCUGAGCUUCCUCAGUAACCAGUAUCCCAGUCUGGUGCUGAUGCUGGAGGUGCAGCAGCAGCAGCCUCACCUGCCCCCCCUCUGCUGCUGCCCGCCGUGGCCCAUGGGAGAGGUGCUGCUGUUCAGAUGUAAACUGGGAGUCCUCCAGUACACUGUGGUCAGACCAGUAACCACGGUGAUAGCACUGAUCUGUCAGCUCUGUGGAGUUUAUGAUGAAGCAAACUUCAGCUUCAGAAACGCCUGGUCCUACCUGGUCAUCAUCAACAACAUUUCACAGCUGUUUGCGAUGUACUGUCUGGUGCUGCUGUACCGAGCUCUCCGGGAGGAGCUGACUCCCAUCAGGCCCGUGGGGAAGUUCCUCUGCGUCAAACUGGUCGUGUUCGUCUCCUUCUGGCAGGCCGUUUUAAUCGCGUUCCUGGUGAAGGUCGGUGUGAUCUCGGACAAACACACCUGGGACUGGGACAGCGUGGAGGCCGUGGCCACCGGACUGCAGGACUUCAUCAUCUGCAUAGAGAUGUUCCUGGCUGCCAUCGCUCACCACUACACCUUCACCUACAAACCAUACGUACAGAACUAAGAGGAGGGUUCGUGUUUCGACAAUUUUCUGGCCAUGUGGGACUCUGACACCAGAGCUGAUGUCACAGAGCAGGUCCGUCACGCUGGUCGUACCUUCCUCGGUCGUCCUAAUAAGAUGUACUUCGGCGCAGCGGCUCGGCCCGAACACACCGAGCACACCGGCCUCCUCACGGCGUCCUCGCAGGACACCAUCGCCGCGGCGGCCACGUCCAUGCCCUCCUCCCCGUCCUCCAGCGGGCGCUACCAAGGCCUCGGCCACACCCCCGCCCCGCACUCCAUCUCCGCCCCCGCGGGGUUCACCUCCUCGUCCUGGGACGACGACAGCGACGACUCGCCUCCUGAGGCGGGCCACACCACAGGAAGCACGUAGCCAGGGGCGGGAACUUCGUCUCCACGUGUCCUCGUGGCUACGAACAAAGAAACUCAGAGAAUAAACACUUUUGUCCACAGAUGGCGUGAAAAAGAAGCCAAAUGUCAGUUUCACAGAAAGACGCAGAGGAGUGUGAGUGACGUCAAAGCCAUGUUUGUUGGUGGAGUAUUUUUAACAUAAUCAGCCAGUUUGAAAUGUUCGAUCUGUAUUUCGAUGUGUGAGGAUUUCGAUAAUCGUGUCUGCAGAGAGCAAAACAGGCCGGAUGUUUUCAUCAGACUGUUUCUGGUUUAACUCUCACGGUGCUGAAGUGCCCUCGAGCUCAGUUUGACCGUUUGAUCUGACGCA